AUGGUAGACGGUAAAGAUCAAAAAUGUUUAGGUAAGUCGUAAUAAUGUAAAUGAUAAUAGGAGUUAUAUUAUAAGUAGAGCCUGGAUUUCAAUGCUAAAUGCAUCUUUUUUUGAUUAUAUUAGACAAUAUAACUGGUACCUUUUUUUUUGGUGUUGAAAUCGGAGAAACUAUUGAGGGAAAAGUUUUUUAAUAGUUAAAUUUGAACAUGUUUUCAGCCUAUAUAGGACAUUUAGCGCUCCCGGUAGUGAUAGCUAUCUGUGCUGUAAAAUGUUCAAUCAAGUUUUCAAACAAGUGACACUUUAUCGAUGUACCUUGGAUACGCCCAUAAAAUAUAGUUAAAAUACACCAAUGGUUUACAUUACUGCUUUGUUGACGGCACUGAUUAUUCCAAAGAUGUUUCCCCCCUUUCAUUGUCUUUUUAUUUUCCAAUACGUUUUAUACCUAAUCUAAGUAUUAGUAGAUAAGGUUAGACAACUUAAUCUUUCUUUAUCAGUAUUCUGCUUAUGACUUUUCAUCAUCCCCUCGAAAAUUAUUAACCACCGGCGUCUUAUUAUCAUUAUUAUCGUAGCCGUUUAAGUGUAUCGUACAGAAUAAGUCUCUUAUUAUUUUGCAACAAUAGGAGGGAGAAGUCAUCUAUAAAGGGUGUAACUUAAACGAAUAUCCUCACCGUUGUCACCGCCUCAUCGGUUACUAUGAAUUGUAACCUAACCGUACCAUAAUGGUUUACUAUUAAUUUGUGACAGCUACUGACUGCUGACUUGAUGAAUUUAUGGGUAUAGACGGUAGGUCUAUAGUAUAGUAUAGUAUAGUAUAGUAUAGUAUAGUUACUAUUCCAACGAUUCAAAACAAAACUAUAUUCAAUUAUUUAAAUCUAAAAAUAAAAUACAUAAUAAUGCAAUAAUUAUUGUAUUAUAUAAAUGUGUAUAGAAAUAAUUUAAGUAUUAAAAUAGGUUGUUUCCGGAAAAUGCUUCUCGACAAGUAUUAUUUUAGUUCAAAUCGGUCGCUUCAAAACUCAUUUUUUUCAAACAUCAAUUUGGAAUAAAACAGUCAAUAUCCGGGAAGAUCGAAAUGCUUUCCAGUAGGAAGUUCUUGACAGACAUUAAUUUAAUACUAAACAGGAAGACGUUCCCGGGAAGGUCUAUGCUAUUAGCGUCUCCAUAUACAUAAUUUGAUCAUGUAAGAGAGACUUCAAAGUUGAAACUUGUAUCUUGCUUUAUUUUUUGCAUUUUUCAGUGUUCUUUUUUUCAUUUUAUUGCAAAUUCGUACAAUAUAAUUAUAUACUUAAUAAUUUAAGUGGCUAAUAACUUAUUCAAUAAAACAAUAAAUCAAACAAAUUAUAUGUCUUUUUUUAAGGCAUUUUUAGCUUUCUUUUUGUGCAUUUUUUGUGCGUUUAAAUCCGGGCCCUAAUUAUAAGUUUUUCGUUUUUAUUUUAAAACACCAACCAAGUUUAAGUUUUAAAUUGUAAUAUUAUCAAUUAUAUUGUUGAAUAUUGGCGGUAAUCGUAUGUCAAAUCUGUAACUUAUUCUCAGGUCCCUUAAUAAAUUUAUUUUUGGCCGACGAAGGAAAACAUUUCGUUCAUAUUUAUUUUGCUCCCCGCUUUUUAACAGUUGUACACUUUUCCCGAUCAGAGCAUAAAAACUAAAAAGCAUUAAUUCAAAGACUAAUCGGAUAUAGGAUAUAUGAUAUAGGGAUAUAGGAUGUGACUAAAAUCAAUAUGCGUUAGGUUAGGUAUAUUACUAUAAUGGUAUGAUUAUUAUUAGAGUUACGGGUUAAAAUGUAUCACAUCCUUUGUGUGAAUUUAAAAACAAUAAAUGUUAUACUUCUACAUCCGACAUUUCGUCAAUUUAAACACAUUUAUCAUCGUAUUUCGUUAUAUCGGUGUAUCUAUGUGUAUAUUAUGUAUUAACUUUUAAUUUUUCAGCCGCAGAUUAUGAAGAGCUAAAGGCAAAAUAUAUGUUGUUGCAACGCGAAUGGCAAUGUAACCAAGAGACGCUCGGGCAAUUGUUAACUGAUGAGACAGAUCUCCAGUCAGCCCUAAAAAGGCAAGCGGAGUUUUGUUCGGAAGUCGGAUCCACAUUCGGUGUUUUUCUGGGUGAAGCUACCCGCUCUCCAGAGUUUAUCGACACAAUAUGGCGUCAGAAAGUAAUAUAUAAAUUACCUCAAAAAUAAAAAUGAAAAUAACUCAAUACGUAUUCAUCAUAGUUUAUAUGUUAUAUAUUUAUAUGUAUAAUAUUUAUUGUUGACAAAACAAUACUAUUAACCGAACUACGCUCAGAAUUAUUUUUCGUUAAUAAUGGUUAAUCGUUGCGUAUGACUUUUUUUUUUUUUUUUUAAUUAUAAUUUUGAACAUUGUAUUUCAUAGCAACGUUGUUGGUUGUUCGCAGGAUAAAAUAGAAGAUCUGUUACAAGUCAUUAUAGGCGGACUGACAUCGUUCAACAACACAUACUAUUCUUAUACAUCUAUAGCGAAAACUCCCGAAACGAGAUUUAUAAAGAGCAUGCUCAAAAUGGUGGCAAAUUUAUCAACGGUGGACGACGGACAAAGAUAUUUUUUAACUACGGAUUCCGGAAAUACCCUAAUACAACUGAUCAUUAAAAUUGUUCAUCGUUUGCCAUCUCCGUCCGGAAACGCCUUGAAAAAGUAA